AUGUGCCAGGAGAGGAACGAACGGCGAGCAAGCCUCGAAGUAGCCGACCUCGAUGGAAUGCAGAUGCCCGCGAGUCCGGCCUCGAGACAUUCUUCUACGUCGAGCGGCGGACAAUCAGUCGUCGCUGACAGGGGUCUGGAUGAUGCCAUGCAAGAUAUGCAAGAGGAGAUGAUCGAUCGCAGAACAUCGCUGGGAAGCAUGGAUAGCUCCCUGGCGACGGUACCGUUUGGUAAUCUGGUGCCUCGGACCAUGUCGAUGCUUCCUGGUUACGACGCUGAUAGUUACCAACUACUCAGCCAUUACUUGAGCACGACGGCCGACUGUAUGGCUAAUGGCUCUACACCUAUCAACCCAUUCCUAGUGCAAAUUGUGCCGUUAGCGUUUUCCAGCGAUCUGUUGUUACAACUCGUCAUCACCCAAAGUGCGGCCCACCGGGCGUUUCGGCGUCGCGAUGAGUCGGACGCAAUCGCUCACUCCCAUUACACAAAGGCGAUCCAGCUUUUCCGACACGGAGUCACCGAUUUCAUCGAGGGAAAGGAACCCAACCCGCUGAUGUUGCUGGUCGGCGCUCUCCUAAUGUGCUUCACAGAGACCGCCAAGGGAGACGUGACUGGCACGAUAUUCGACCACUUGUCGGCUGCUAACUCUCUUCUUGUUAAACUGCUUGCACAGAGUGAUACUGCUGUUCCAAGAGAACUGAAGAACUUCGUCAUAGAAUACUACACCUACACCGCGACCGUGAGCAUGAUCUCCAUCGACGCCCGUCUAAGCGGGCAAUUAUUCUUAAAUUUUGACCUGGAGCAACGGGCUCGCGAACUCCUGACCACACAAUACGUCGGCAAUCUCUGCGGCUGCUGGCUAGAGCUUCUCCUUCUAAUUCCCUGCAUCUUCGAUCUUGGCCGGCAAUGGAUGAUGGACGAAGCACAGACCAUUUCACCGACCGCGGACGACAUCGCAAUGUUCGCCUCCAUUCAAGCCCAAAUCCUGCGCUGGUCGCCUUAUCCAACUGUCAUGCCUGAAGUUUACCUAGCUGGCUCGAUCUUCCAGCAGGCCAUGUUGAUCUAUCUCUACACGUCUCUUGGAGGCUAUCAAUAUGCACCCGACGGGAUAUACAAAGGCUUGAUCGAGAAUGCCGUUACAGAAGCCAUGGGCUACCUGGACGAAUUAUCUCCACAAGCACGGAUCAACUCAGGCCUGUGCUGGCCGAUCGCCGUGAUAGGCUCUUGCCUGUCAACACCAAUACAGCAACAAACCCUACGAAGCCGACUAAUCGACAUGUCAUGCCAUUUCGGUCUUGGAAACAUGCACCGGACUCUACAACUCCUAGAGGCAAUGUGGCUAUUACCAUUAUCUGAGGCAGGUCCUUGGAACAUAUGUCGAACGAUGCAGCAGAAUCAAAUUUGGAUAUCUUUUGCCUGA